AUGGCGGCAUCUGGAACAUUAACAGCCAGGAGGGGCUGUUUGAGACCCCUGUGCAGGAAUUUUGCCCGUGGAUCCUGUCGAUGGGGCCAGAGCUGCCGUUUCUCACAUGACAGAAACUCAGCUCAGAUCUGCAGGUACUUCCAGAGUGGGUUUUGCAGCUAUGGAGAGCAGUGCAGCUACCAGCACAUCCAGGAGGAGCUGGUGCCAUCCCGCUAUGGCGGAUCCCUCCAUGCCCCCCUCCCGCUGGGGCCCGGAGCCUGGCACUGUGCCCACGGCCAUGGCCCAGGGCUGGGUGGGAGCCCAGCACACCUCAGGCUACCCUGCCCCCAGCGUGCACAUGUGACCUUCAAGUUCCCAAACACGGAGGUUGAGGUGGAAGAGAAAGACAAGAAGAACGUCACAGCACCUGGUAACAUCCAGUGGGGGGCCACUGGUGGAGAAUUUGUCCCCGCACAUGCACGGCGUGCCUCAGAGGCUGCAGGCUCCCAGCUACAAGGGCUGGCACUGGAUGCAGACUCCUCUGACCCCAGAGAGAGAGUGGUGGAGAUGGCGACAGGGACUGACCCUGCAGAGGUCUCUGUGGAGCUGGGUGCUGUGGCUGCCCCAGUCCCGACCGAGGCACUGAGAGCCCAGAGUGAGGCUGUGGUGUGUGGCAUCUGCAUGGACAGGGUGUAUGAGAAGCCACUGCCAGAGGACCGGCUCUUCGGGAUCCUCCCAAACUGCAGCCACGCUUACUGUGUGGGAUGCAUCCGCAAGUGGCGUCGCAGUCGGGACUUCCAGAGCACAGUCAUAAAGGCCUGCCCAGAGUGCCGGAUCACCUCCAGUUACUAUAUCCCCCACAAAUACUGGAUCUCAGAUGUAGGUGAGAAGGAGAAACUCAUCAGAACCUUCAAGGCGCGGACAGGGAAAAUCAGGUGUAAAUUCUUUGUUCGGAACCGUGGUUACUGCCCGUUCAGGUCUGACUGCAUCUACCUGCACGAGCUGCCCACCAGACGGCUGCCACCGCACAGACAGCAGCGGCUGAGGAUGCCCACUGAGUUCAGCCCUUCUUCCUUGGAGAGCUCUAGCGAGGAGGAUGAGGAGCUCUGCAUGCUUGAGUGGGCUCUCACCCUGACUGUGAUGGAGAUGGAAUUUCACUACUCAAGUUAUGGCCACGAGAUGCUUCUCACUGACUUCAGAGACUCUGACUGAGCCGUGGGGUGUCACACUGGGCCUAGGUGAUGCUGGUGGGGUCCCUGGGAUGGGGAGGCAUCUGCUUUUGACUUCCACCGUU